AUUGGUUAAAAGCACUUCCAACUCGAAAGUAGUCCUCAGCACCAUUUAUCACGUGCUACCAACUUGACAGUUAGUUCACUAAUGUCGAAGAAUACCAGGUUGAGGAGGUAACAAGCCAAGAUCUCGGGCUCUCUUCCCAUCGCUUGGAUAACUUACUAUCUACUUAUCAUCUUAUCUUGUAUGAAGCAGCUCAUCUCGAACACUGUGGGGUAGAAGCUCAUCUGACGCCGGUAGUUGUAAGUCUUACAUGUGAUAUAUCUUCAAGAUAUUGACGAAACAAGGAAAAGUCGAUAUUGAAGCUUUGCGAUGAUUCUUCGCACGUCUAUUCUUUCACGAGCUGACUUCAUUUCAACUGAAGCCCAAAACACGGUCGACACCAAAAGAAAGGAGUACAUUAGCAUUCUCAAAAUGGCUAGAGCCGGAUUAGUAAUACCGAAGUUCUCCCUAAACCGUUUGUUCUUGCGAUGUUACCCGACACGCCUGACUGAAUUUAAUGAACAUAUAUCUCGUGGAACAUCGACAUGACAACUUAUUAGCAGGAAGGAGUCAAACUGUCUUCAUGUUCCACACGUACUGUGUACAUAUAUACUUGUUAUCUGCUUAUCGCAAUAGCUAUCGGCGAAAUCAGAUCAUUCAUUCAAUCGGCAGAAGUCUUCUGACCGAAGCUUGACGAGUUGAAACAUUUGACAUCUACUUUUCUUGGAAUCUCUUCCAAGGCUGACUCGACUGUAUACAAUCUGUAUGAUCAUAUUAUCGAGUAACGUUACAAUAAGCUUCUUUGAUUCGUUUCAUUGAAACCUUCGAGAUUAAUCUUUUUCCCCUCAACAGCUGCGUUACACAUCCUUGUUUUCCUUCAUCCCACCAAGUGGCUCAUCGGCAAUCUUCCCCCCUGACGAUCGGUCGGGCAUUUUAUCACGCACGAAGGUUACCUUCCGUAUUUUGAUAUUCAAUAGCUUGCAUGUGCCGGGAAAAUGUAAUUCCAUGUGCCUCUGACAUGCACCAUCGCUCGUGGUUUUAAAUCUUCAAUUACUUCAGGUUCGGCGUCCGUGAUGGUGAUUGGAAUUUCUCUUGUCCCCGAGGAGGCUUAUAUCACAUUUUCAAUCCAAGGGAGGUAUGAAAAUUCAACCCGGCGGAUAUUGGAUUCCUCAUUGAGAAGUCAUUUUGGUAAUCCCUUACCUCCUUUAGCAAUGGGCUGUGCGAGUCUGGAGUGGCAGUUAGUCAUUGGAAUGUGGGAACCCCAGUCUUGGAUAUUGUCAAUAUUGUCGUUUGACCUGUUACCUUUCAAGAUGUCGACGUAAAGUUACCACCCGAUUGACAUGUUGCGGUUUAGAAACCCAAAUUAAGUGGGUAACACUUGGUCACUUUGGAUGAACCACAAAUUCGCUGCGCCGUGGACAUCUUGUUAUUGACGGUGGAAAUGAGGUGACACGAGUAUAAGAAGGUCGAUUACUCCAGCUAAAGUGAUGAAUGGUCCGAAUAAACAACUCAAGACUCUAGUCCACAUCAAUACCUUCCAUCAUUGAACUUUUUUGAAGUUUCCGAAUCUUAUUCUGUUUAUAGAAUCAUUCAAUCAUGAUUUCGCUUUCCAAGCUCGCUCCUUUCGUGAGCGUUAUCACCAGUAUUCCUUCCGUGAUAGCGGGCUUCAAUCCGGCUUCCCAGACCAACGUGGCUGUGUAUUGGGGUGAGCUAAUCUGAAACUUUCUACCAUGAAAGAAUUUCCAGUUGACACGGGAUAGGACAAAACUCGUAUGGUCAGGGCUCUGGAGCUUAUGUCCAACAGCGACUUUCAUAUUAUUGCGCAAGUAAGUUCUGAAAGCUUGAUAUUUACCAACAAAGCUAACAUGACACAGAUACGGAGAUUGAUGUACGAACACCCUCACAUAUUAAUCUCCAUGAACUAAUCUAACGAGAAUUAUAGAUCAUCCCAUUGGCUUUCUUGUAUUCUAUCAACACGCCGGUUCUCAAUUUUGCCAACCAAGGAGACUUAUGUACAGCGAUCUCAGGAUCUACACUCUUUUACUGCUCAGAACUCGAGUAAGUACAGGCUCUCCUUCAUAUUUGGAUCCCAUACAGAGUCUAAAGUUCAUUAUAGAGCCGACAUAACUACAUGCCAACGAACAUAUAACAAGACAAUUCUACUCUCGGUUGGGGGGGCCACUUACACUGAAGGUGGUUUUACGUCUACAGCAGCUGCCAUAACCGCCGCGAAUAAUAUUUGGUCAUGGUUUGGACCCUACAGGUCAGGAGUAGUCCGACCAUUUGGUACUGCUGUUGUUGAUGGCUUUGACUUUGACUUUGAAAGCACAGUAUCAAACAUGCCGGCAUUCGCGAAUCAACUUCGCUCACUGAUGGACACUGAUAAUUCCAGAACAUGGCUACUAUCUGCCGCUCCACAAUGCCCGUACCCUGACGCAGCAGACGGACCCAUGCUCAAUGGAGCAGUAUCAUUCGACAUUGUCUGGGUGCAAUUUUACAACAACUACUGCGGAGUCCAAUCCUUUGUCCCUGGCUCAUACACCCAAAAUAACUUUAACUUCGAUACAUGGGACAACUGGGCCAAGACCGUGUCCCUCAACCCCAACGUCAAAGUCAUGCUCGGCAUACCCGCUAACACUGGUGCUGGUGCUGGCUAUACUACUGGCUCAGCUCUUGCAAGCGUCAUUGCGUAUUCCAAGAGCUUCUCGAGUUUUGGUGGUGUGAUGAUGUGGGAUAUGAGUCAACUCUACGCAAAUGCUGGAUAUCUCGAUGCGAUCAAUGCAGACCUUGGGACCCCGGCGACUACGGUACCAGUUACUACUCGCACUACUACCAGCACCACUACUAGCACACCCCCAUAUACUACUACUCCUGCUACGACGACAACCCCGGGUACGACUCUCACAACUGUGACAACUACUAGUGCGACCCCCACUUCGACUGGUGGUAGCGGACUUGUUAAUGAAUGGAAUCAAUGUGGUGGUCAGGGCUGGAAUGGAGGAACCGUCUGUGUUCCUGGAACAACUUGUGUUGCCUACAGUAUUUGGUAUUCGCAAUGUAACCCUUCUUAGAUUAUUUUCUAGCGACCAGGAUCGAGAUAGUUGUGUUUGAGAAGGGCAGGGCAGGGCAAGGCGGGGCAGGGAAAUGAGAUUGUUGUAUAAUGGCCUUUAUUUUUAUAUUUCUUUUAGACCGUUACAUAUACCCAUUUAUUUCUUUUUUAUAUAUUCUAAGCUGCGGAUUUAUCCACCUGCUCGGUGGGAUUCCAGCUUAGCAGACCGCACAUAGUAUCACCAAAGGCGGUCGAAGAGGAAGUGGGGGGUGAGAAGGGGAAGAUGGAAGAGGGCGUGAGGGUUUCUUUCUUUUCUUACCUAGCCUAGAAUCUUUGAUAGCUUUUUAGU